ACAACAAUCGCCCACCAUGGCGUGGUCCAAGUCGACGCGCAUCAGCAUUAUGCUGGCUAUCGAUGUCGUCUUCUUCGUUACUGAAUUGACCGUCGGACUGCUCGUCAAAUCCCUGGCCCUGCUCGCAGACGCCUUUCACAUGUGGCUGCGUGCCGAGAUUCUCGGCGCCUUCUUCAACGCCGUCUUCCUGAUCGCGCUGUGCGUGUCCAUUAUUCUCGAGGCCAUUUCCCGAUUCUUCGACCCUCCCGAUAUUCAAAACCCUCAGCUCAUUCUCAUUGUUGGCUCCAUUGGUCUCGCGUCCAACCUUGUGGGCUUCCUGGUGCUUGGUGGUCACGGCCACGACCACGGACACGGAGAUCAUGAUCACGAUCACGAUCACGGCGACGGCGAACACGACCACCACCACUCUCACGAACAUGCUGCCGAGGAAGGCCGAGUCACGGUCGCCGACCGCACCAAUUAUGCCAUUGCCAACGAUGACGGGCCAGCCAUCGAUGUUCUGCCCGAGGUCGCCGUCGCCAGGGCCACCGAGGGCGCUACGACCACGCCUCGCCGCAUCAGGUUCGACAGCGAGUCCGAGUCUCCCAGCAACCGCGGCCCUAGUAACACCAGGGGUCGCGAGAGGGAGCGCCGCAGGGCCAGCAGUCUGCGCCAUUCGCGCCUCACGAGCAUCGACGACAUCAGCAUCUACCCUUCCAGUUUCCGACAGGAGAUCAUCGACGCCAGCCGGCCCAGGCCCAAGGACAUGGACGGAACCACCGACGAGAGCGAUGUGGAGGACGGCGCUGUUCAAGAUGGCGAGUCUAGCGAGAACACGCCUCUCCUGAGCGACGGCAACGGCAACACAACCUACAAGAGCACUUCGCGCCACCGGUCCUUCAACGGUCGUCCUCGCAGGGACUCGAGCCUGCACUGCGAGCACAACCACAACAAGCCGAAGGACCGCAAGAAGGGGGGAGGUCACGGCCACAGCCACGGUGACCUCGGACUGAACGGUCUGAUCCUGCACGUCAUCGGCGACGCGCUCGGCAACGUUGGUGUCAUGGUUACCGCCCUGAUCAUCUGGCUGACCGACUGGCCCGGCAAGAUGUACGCCGACCCGGCCGUGUCUCUCUUCAUCACCCUCAUCAUCCUCAAGUCGGCGCUGCCCCUGACCUUUGCCACCUCCAAGAUUCUGCUCCAGGCCACGCCCGACCACAUUGAUCUCCAGGACAUCCGCGAAGACAUUGAGGCUCUGCCCGGCGUCGUGAGUUGCCACCACGUCCACAUCUGGCAGCUCUCCGACACCAAGAUUGUUGCGUCGAUGCACGUCCAAGUCAGCUUCCCCAUCUCGGCCGAGGGCGGCGAGAAGUACAUGGUCCUGGCCAAACGCGCCCGCAAGUGCCUCCACGCCUACGGCAUCCACAGCGCCACGAUCCAGCCCGAGUUUCUCUCGAGCGCCGAGAACGCCCUCAUCGAGGACACGGCCGCCCUCGCCCUUGACGGCGCAGGAGAUCACGUCAUUGUCAGGAAGACGUCCUGCCUGCUCGAGUGCGUCGACGACUGCGUCGGCAAAGGCUGCUGCUCCACCGGCACCACCGUCGCCGGCUCCAGCCCCCAGAGCCACCACAGUCACAGCCCCGGCGAGUCGCCGCACAGGCACUAG